AUGGCGACCAACGUCAAGGUGGUGGGCACCGACCUUCGACAGGUGACCGUGAAGGUCAACCCUGGUACAUACCUGACCGAGGUCCUAGAGAAUGCUUGCGCAAAGCUCAAGGUCACCUCCGACAAGUUCCUCCUGAAGCACAAACAGCGCCAGUUGGACCUCUCUCAGACCUUCCGAACAUCGGGCCUCAUCCCCGGAGCCAGGCUCGAGCUGGUCGUCCGGUCCAACACGCCGACAGCCAUUAACGUCGCCAUACAACUCCCGUCCCCUGAGUCGACUCUCUUCCCACCCCACGGUCGAAUCACCGAGAAACUGCCGAGCGAUUUCACAGUCUGGCAGGUCUUGCGCCAGUUCGAGAGCGGCAAGGCGAGCGCCGGCAAGAACCUGAAUAUCACAGUGAGAGGAGUGGCCCAGACAAGCAAUGGCGCCGGCACAGGUAGCGGACAGCUAUACUACGAGACACCAAACGUGCAGCUGGAGAACAGAACAUUGGCGACGUUCAACGACUUUCAGAAGACGCUGUCGCAGCUUGGAUACAACUCCGGCGGCGUGCUGAUGCGCUUGUCUUUCGAGAAGACGGGUCAGACCUUGGCGGAUGCCAUGACGGAGAUGGGGCAGCAUUUCAAGAUGGAGGAAAUGGAGAACGCGCCGGGACAGACUGGCGAGUCUGCGUCGAUAGAGGAGCCAGCCAACACAACGGACCCUUCGGCCAUGGACAGUCUGCCCAUAGAUACAGCCCAUGGAGUAGCCGCCUCUGGACCUGUCACAGGGGCUGGUGCAGAUGAUGUUACCGUCACAGGACAGCCUGACACAGCCGCCACCGGCGAUGCUAUGGACGUCGACGAGCCUGUAACGUCCGGCGGUCGCCCCGUCACCAUCUUUUCGGCGCCUACCUCAUCCACGCCAGCUGCCUCACUUCGGUCAGACUCUGAAGAGGCAUUCAUGCCAGACAUCAGCCAUGCCAAAGCCCACCAAAGGCUACUGAAGAGCCUAGGCGAGAACAAGCGCCUCCCCUCGGACCAGGAACUCCAGGAAAGAGCCGCCGCGGAGGCUGCAAAGGUAGCGGCAGUCAAGUUGUUCAAAGUCAAGGUGCGCUUCCCAGACAACACCUCUGCCGAGUGGUCCUUCGGGCCCGACGAUACGGGAGCAACCCUCUACGCAGAAGUCAGAAAUCUCAUGGCGAACGAUACGGCCCCCUUCAGGCUGGCGCUGCCGCCCGGCAAGGUGACCAUCAAGGACGAUAGCAGCGACGCCAGCAAGCUCGUGCAGGGCUACCGACUGAGCGCCAACACCCUCGUCAACUUCUUGUGGGAGGACGCGGUUCCGGCGGACGUUCGGCAGCAGCCUUUCCUGAAGGGCAGCCUGAAUGACCGGGCCCGGGAGGUUGUGGUGCCUGAAGUGCGCGAGGUCGAUGUUAAGGACGAGGCCGGACCGAGCAUACCCACGUCUGCGCCUAAACCGCGGAAUGAGGGCAGUGGCUCGGGAGUCAAGAAGCCGAAGUGGCUGAAGGGACUCGGCAAGAAGUGA